AGCGAUUAAAAAAAAGCAAGAGAUCAUGACCAAACCGACACGUGGCAGUACGUGCUAUUUUUGUUCUUUUUAUAUUACGUGGAGCUAUCCCACUCCAAUGUCACCCUCUUCAAAAUUUAUUUUCAUAUCAAAAUCACUCACAUGCUUUUGCAUUAGGUUCUUGAUCUUCUCUCCAAGUUCAGAGGAAAAAAACUAAAGUAAAAAUGGCAUACAAAUCCCUAGAUUCCAUCACGAGGUCUGAUAUCAAAGCCCUAGGAAUCUCCGACGAUGUAUCUUACAAGCUUCUCAGAAAUCUACAAGAUAUUAUCCACGGUUCCUCCGCCACGCCGCCUGAGAGGUGGAUUGAGAUUUCUCGGCAAAUCCUUUACCCCAAUCGCCCUUUCUCUUUUCACCAGAUGAUGUAUUACGGCUGCUACAAGGAUUUCGGAUCCGACCCGCCCGCUUGGUUACCCGACCCGAAGGUUGCUUCUUUAACUAACGUUGGCGGUUUGCUAGAAAGGCGUGGGAGAGAGUUCUUAGGUGAUGAUAACUAUAAGGAUCCGGUUUCGAGUUUCUCGAGUUUUCAAGAGUUCUCUGUAUAUCUAAUCCUGAGGUAAUAAUAGUACUCUUAGCGAUAAAAGGAAUAGGAAUUUAAGGAACCUUAACCAAUCAACUACCAACAAUUACAAUUACAAUUGAUUUUAAAUUGAAAGUCCAUAAUAAACACGAAUCUAACAAUUGAUUUUCAAUUUUUGAUUCAUACGUUUAUUUGUUGCCAGAUUUUUUUUUGUAAUUUAAGGUAACUAAAAGUUUUCAUCAAUAUGAAAUCUCCUAUAUAUUAUUUGUGAAACAUUACAACUUCUUUUUGUAGCCACAUGUCAUCGUUAGGAUGAUUCUUAGAAUUAUUAGAGAAAUAGGUUGGUCCAUCUAAUUAUAUAAUAAGUUUUUUAUUAAACUACCCAUAAAUUCAUUAUUAAUGUCAUUUAU